CUUAUUUAUUUUUUAUUUAUGUCAAAUAAUUUUUUAUUUUCCAGAAACACUUGAUAGCAAGUCAUCUUGUAGCUAGAAAAGGAGCAGUUUUAGUGACUUUAUCUUCAGACUCUUUGCUGUGCAUCACAUCAAAAACUUUCUUCUAAAUAAACUAUUUAGGAUUUUCUGCAUUUUCAUCUUGGGUUCUCUCAGUAAAGUUGAAAUUGUUUUAUUUCACUAUAGACUUGAUCCAUGACUAGAAUUUCAAAUUAUUAGCGCCAUAUAUAGUUAGCUUGAUCUUUGAUACUGUGAUGUACUACCAUGCACAAUUGUUGUCUUGAUGUUGUUAAUUGAAGGUAUAUUAUAUACUGUAGUUGAACUAUUGAAGUCAUUAUUCCUGCAAUCAUUAGUUGUCUUUGGUCUAGUGAUCAAUAAAUCCCUUUGAAUCCUAUUCUUCAGUGUUGCUGAAUGCCUCCAUAUCUGAAGGAAAUUAUAUAUUACUGAUUAAACCAGCAUUUACUUCACUCCUUUGCAAGGAUAUUUGUAACCUUUAUUGCCUUGGUGUCUUUGGUCAAGUAUUUCCUAUUGUAAGUGGUAUUCCAAGAGGCCUAUUUAGUAUAUUAGGUAUCUAUUUUAUCCAUCAAUUGUCCUUUAUUUAGACUUGUUGUAGUUUAUGUUCUGUUGUGAUGGAAUUUGUUGCUAAUGCUCACUGAGCUGACUGUGCCACUUGUUCAUAUCCUCAUCCGUCCCUUGACGAGUCCUAUUUCUUCAUUAGCUUCAAGUCACCAGAUCAUCAAGAUAAUUUUCAUUCUGUCGUAAAGUUGUUUUCUAUUGAGUUUGAUUGCUCACUUGAUUCUAUGUUGAUAUUUGGUGUAUAAUAGCAUAAGUUUUUGUAUGGAUUAGUGAAGUUUUAUAAGGGAAAGCUGGCAUUGUAGUUGGAUGUGAAUUUUUCAAGGUCUCGAUGGUUCUCUUGUGUUGUAUGCUUGAUGUGACCCAAUUGCUUAUUGAAAGUGUUAUUGAUGUCAACAUUAUCUUGAUAUUCAUAUCUUGCUGUAUUUAAAACACUCAAUAUUAAUAUUAUUAAGGCGUAACAACAACAUAUUGCUCACUCCUUAUAUAUUGUCGAGUCUCAUAUGAUAGGUGAAGAGUGGAAAUAUAAUAAUUCUCUGCUGUAAGCCUCAAGCACAACCAAAAGAAUAUAAUUAUUAUCAAAACUAUAAUUUAAACAGAAAACUAAGUAGACCGCAUGGUCCCGCAUUUCAAAUUGAAAUCAAACCAUUUAAAGCAAGUUUGCUAAGGCAUGACACUUCAUGUGCCAAAUCCUAAUCUGUGAUGUAGUUGAGAGCACACUUCAAGGUAGUGCAAUAAUGACUGCUUAGAGUUGACUCAGAGUUUGGUAUUGCGAUUGAAUCUCUCUUGUUAUUCAUUCCUCGUUGUUAAUUUAAAAAUAUCAGUUUUUUGCUAUGCAGAAAUUUGGCUUAAGCCAUAGAGGUGUCUUCUGUUUUCUUAGCAUUAGUUGUCUUCUGUAAAGAUUAUUGGUAGAGAUAAUCUGAAGGGCUGUAGAAGUAUAAUAAGAGCAUAGCCUUUGUUUUGGCUUAGUUUCAACAAGUUUUGUUAGGUUGAAUUCCAUUUGUUUCUUGGUUGGUGGCUACUUUUUGCAUGGUUAGCAUAAUUUCACCUGGUUGAUGGUCAAGAGUUGGUUGUUGUAGUGAUUGUUUAGCGUUGUAGCCCAGUAAAUAAUUUAAAUAAGCUUGGCAAGGAUGGCAAGCCAAGCAACCCACCAACGCAACUCUGCGACUGACAGCCCUACAAAGAAGCUCCCUGGCACCUCACUUAUACAAGCAAACAGAUCAGGGGUGGCCAGCGUGCUACCUCCUGCUGAGGAUUGUCUGUACACGCAGUACUAUUGCGAAGAGAACGUAUGGCAGCUGUGCGACAGCGUGAGAAGACAUCGGCCUGGGGAACUGUCGCGCUGCCACGUGGUCUUCAUCAGCAACGACGCGCGCUGCGUGCCGCUCUGGAGGCAGCGUGCUGGCAAGACAGAUGACCGACUCGUUACUUGGGACUAUUCUAACAUCUUCACAUGUGUUGCGCCCCAUGAAAAGGACUACCACGUCAUCUUCAUGUACCAGCCUGACGAGCGGUGCCUCGUCUUUGACCUGGACUCUGACCUGCCGUUCCCUACGUACUUCCACAAAUACGUCACCGAGACCCUACGCACGGACCACAUUCUGCACCCUGAGCAUCACAGGUGGUUCCGCGUGCUACCGGCGUUGGUGUAUCUACAGAAGUUCGCCAGCGACAGACGGCACAUGAGGCAUGCGGACGGCAGCUGGCUGCAGCCACCGCCUCCCCACCCUGCCAUCCGCGCACAAGAUGCUGUGCACAACCUGGACGAGUUCAUCAGCAUGGACACGAGCAAGCCUGGCAUCGGCGGCACCGUCUACAACCUCACCGACUUCGUCAGAUGUUUCUUCAAGGCCAAGUGAAGAAAAAACAUCCAUGUGGUUCUCACGAUUUGUUUUUGGGGCGAUAGGGUAAAGUGAUGGAAAAGAUGAAAGUGUUUCUCACGUUCUUUGUUUGGAGGGGGCGAUAGGGUAAAGUGAUGAAAAAGAUGAAAGUGUUUCUCACGUUUUUUGUUUGAAGGCAACAAGGUCACGUGAAGAAAGAACAUCCACGUGUUUCUCACGAUUUGUUUUUGGGGGCGAUAGGGUAAAGUGAUGAAAAAGAUGUGUUUCUCACGUUUUUUGUUCGGAGGCAACAAGGCAAAGUGAAGAAAGAACAUCCACGUGUUUCUCACGAUUUGUUUUUGGGGGCGAUAGGGUGAAGUGAUGAAAAAAAUGUGAUUCUCACGUUUUUUGUUUGGAGGCAACAAGGCAAAGUGUAGGAAAAAGGUCCAUUUGUUUCACCCAAUUCAGUUUGUAGGCGAUCUUGCACGUUUUCCUGUCGAAAUUUCCACCAAUUUUUAUUUUGAGGUGACGCUUAGUUGUCAUGUUUACCUGUAAAAAUCAUGGGCGAAUAACCAUAAUCUUUGUGGCCAAUUGUCAGCCACAAAGUCAGUCAUGCGCUAAUUUUGAAUGUAGUUGGUUUUAUUUCGAUAUUUUUAGAUCAUACAAAAACCGGACCUUUUGAAUGUACCCAUCAGAUGGCGUAGAAGUAAUACGUUAGUACUUCGCGACAGGUAAAGGUUGAAUUUUUCUCGAUGGGAUUCUUAUUCAUUUGGUUUGUCGAGUUUGUUAAGAUUUUCAUGUUCAUUACGGCCCUCAUCCAACAUGUAAUUUGCCUAUUGUUUCUAUAAUUUCAAUAUUGAUUUUAAUAUUAUCAAUAUGAUGAUGUGAACUGAAAGUCAAAUUGCCAAUGAUCAUCUUUAAAUUAACUGAACUAAGCGGUCAACUGAACGCAGCGUAGACGUAGGUAGUGCAGUUAGAAGUUAAUUUUGCAGAGAAUAACUGAAGUGUGAUAUUUGAAUUCUGAACGUAAGUAGUUGGUAACAAUACCCGAGUAAUUAUAUGGAGUGAUCUUGUUAUUGUCUAGUUGUUAUUACGUAUUUCGUAGUAUUUGAAUUUUAAAUUAGAGUUUUUCUCGGAUUUUUAGAACGCCCAACAGGCUCGAAUAAUUAUUUUUCAGUGCGUUAAAUCAAAGUCUUUUUAUCAAAUCUGAGCCGAGGUUCAUCGCUAUUCAUUAAAAUUUUCCAUUUUCUUAUGCAUCAUCACACAUUAAGGCCUAAUAUUUCUUCAAAUUAAUAGUAAGUAGAGCAGGUGAGCAACAACGAGUUUGUUGAAACUUGUUGCAAAUCAUACCGUCGCCGCUAAUUUAUGCGGUAAUUAAGGCGGACAUCAACGCUGGGCGAAACCACUUCUCUGUACACGCAGUCAAAUAAGUGAGACUUUGUCCAAAUAGCUAUGCACUUUUUCCACAUUGUGUCCUGACGCAUUUGGGCCCGACAAAAGGUGUAUCAGUGCUACGUAUGUGUACUAGUGUUCUAUGUAGGAAAAUGUAUCACUAUUUGGACAGUAUGACUCGUUAAUUAUUCUCAGUGUAGGCUUCGUAGAGCCUGUAGCUCUUCGGUUAACCUGUUCUGACAACGGCGUUUUAUUCAAAUGACGCUUCUUCUCUUUAGGCAUUCGCCAAACUUUUCCUUGACCACGUACCCGCUAGGCUAAGCGUGACAUUUUUCUGAUUCUUCUCAUAGUUGUAAGCCGCUUUUCAUUUUUGACAAUUUUAAUAUAUAAAGGUACUUGCCACAUUCUUCUGCAUCCGCAUAUUAUUCGGUCAUUUCUCCUUCUCUAUUUUCCUCAAUCUUUCUAUCAUCUCUCUAUAUCGCAAUACUCGUUUAUCUGCGCAUGUUAUUACCAUAUAUUUUACUGAUGUCUGAAGUAUUACCCACCUCCUAGCGAGUCUCUGUUUAAACCGAACCCUGCCUUACUUGCCAGUAUAUUUCUGAGCAUUGUUUUCUGAUGAAAUUAGAUGAAUGAUAGUAAUCGCUUGCUUAACUGGAGGGAUUUUUAUGACACUCGGGGAGCAUUUGUAAGUCACUUGCAGUUCUCGAGUCGUCGUACAAACGCUGAAUCCUAAACCUGGUAUAUCACUUUAGGAUCCGCAUAACAAAUUCUCAUCACGAUGAGAACAACUAUGGAAACUGGGCAACUUAAUGUGCAUCAUGAAGUAUAUGCGAGACAUCGACGUCACGAUGCUUCUGAAGCACUGCAGUGAAGCAAGACAUCGAUGCUCUUCCGUAAAAUUAAGUUGAUCGACGUCAAAAUGAAGACCCCGAGUAAAAACACAGAAUAGUCAUUUUACAAAUUAGCUUUUCUAUCAAUUUCUUACUGUAUCGCUUUAGAAUUGAGCUAAAUUUCUGUUUGCCGGCAUUUAUGAUAACUUAAGCAGUUCACCGUAGUUUUUAAGACCUGAAUUGUUCAUCAGAUUUUCGCAGCAUGUUCACAAGCGUUCCAUUGUUGCUUCUCUGCGCUGGUAACUUUUAUAAAUCCUCAACGCACAAAUUCAAUGAGACACUGGUAGUUAGUUUCAAGGAAACAGUUUUAGUUUAGAAAAAUAGACCGUAAAAAUAUUAACAUUACUUUAUCUUAAGUUCUCGAGACGAAUUAUUGCGGCUUGUGUCUACGGAUAGCCAUGGGGUAUUGCCAAAGCCAUAGAAGAACCGCGCAUGUUUGCCGUUGUGAACAUAAUAUACAAAAGGAUAAAAAAUAGUUAUUCACAAUAACAUUACAGUCUUGUUAUUAAAGCACCUAAUUAUAUAUAUUAUGCACAUGCAUCUCAAAUUUGGUCAUCUAACUGUUUGGACCGAAUUAUUUUUCUGUUAUUCUGAGCACCAAUUCUCGUUGAUUUCUCACUGGAUUUUUUUUUUGUCGAGCGCUGAUAUUUAUCCGCGUUUAUAACAUUAUAUCUAUUGAGUGCUUGUGAUAUAAUAUAUUAAAUUCUUAUCUCAAUUACUCAAAAAACUUCUCUCCGCAUCUUUUAAUUCCAACUGAGGUUUUGAAUUCCAACUAAAAUUUUUCAUUCUAAUUUAUUUUUUGGCAUUUUUAUUUAGAUGUGCUGAUUAAAGAUUAUAUCCGAUCAAAUUAACAUUAAAAGUAAUUUUUUACUCUUGCAAUGUUAAAAAGUUGUUAUUCUAAUCCAGAUCUUGUAAAAAUCUUGUAAGAUCGUGGCAGUAGUUUUCCGUAUAUUUUACACUCAAGUUUUUUAAGCUUCUCAACUGCAACGAAGGUUAUAAGUUGAUCUUGUUUGUCGCUCGUGGUGAAGUUGAACUCUGCACGAUCUUGUUGAUAGAUAGUUUACAACUCAUAAGAUGUUAAAUUACUUCAAAGAUCUUAAAUUGUUUACUGUAAUAGCGUCAUUAGUAGAGUAACAGGGAACGCUUGUGAUGAAACUUCUCAUAGAAUCGAAGUUAAUGGAGUUUUUUGAAGAAAUAUAAGACGAUUUAAGAUUAUCGUAUUGUGUAUAACCUCGAAAGAACUUUUGUAUCCUAUGCCAAUGUUUCAUCGUCGCAUCUGUUCUAAUUCCUCGGAAUUCCAAGCAUUAGAUUUAGGUAUUCAUGUGUAAUGAUGUCGAUGUGAGUUGUUACGUCGUGUCAGUUAUUUCUGUGAUCCGUUACUGACGCUUCAUUGUACCCUCCGUAAUGCUGCCUGUUAACCUAUCGAAAAGUGGAACUUAUUACAAAUGCUGAUCCGCGCAAGCUCGGUUUGAUUUGAAAAUUAUUUUUGAUCACUGUUAUGUUUUGAGAGUUAUAAAUGUUAGAUAUACAUAUUCCUUUAGCAUUAGCACUUCGAUAUUUUUACUGUAGGUGCGUCAAUAAAUGUAGGUACAAUUUAUUCACAUCACUCAUCGAUUGUUUUCAACUCUUCUUGACUUCCACAAAGCAAUAGGUUAUCUUUGUGAAUUUAUUUCCAAUUAAGGCGCAAUUUUCGUCUUUUAUUCCAGAUACCCGAGUAUCUUGGCCAGGUACUUUAUUUAGUUCAAAAAGUGAAUGCAUUUUUCAGGCAUGCUCCCUUAUUGCUUGUCAUCUUGUUCCUCUGGAGUAAGCGUCCAGCUUACUGCCUGUUGGCAUACUUCUUUGACCUCAGGUUUUUGCAUUUAAUUUUCUUUGAAACUCAAAAAUAGGUUUUGCUAAGUACUUCAACUUUUUGUCAAGCGGAUUGCGCUAAUUCUAGGUUGACGAUGAACACACGUUAUUUCAGAAUAUUUUUCGGACUGAAGCUUCUUGAAGUUUCUCUUUCAUAUAGUUAUGUUAAUUAUGUCCAACAACGUUUACCUCUUUUCUUUUUAACAUUGAAGUUAGGCUGUAAGCCAUAAUUUACCCUACUCGGUAUCAACUUUCAACGAAAUUUCUUCCCAACUGUAUUUAAUAAACUGAUAGUAAGAAUCUGACUCAACUUAGGUUUUAAUCUGAAACGUUGAAGUGUAUUUUUCCCACGAUCUACUAGACACUCGUGCAAGUUGCAAAUUUUCUCUUCUUUGUCUCUGCUUUUUGAGUGCACUUGUGACUUUAUUAAGUAUUACGAUCGUUACAAUAAGGCCGCCAAUUCAGUGAUCCAGCUCUAAACUGAAUCGUGUGUGGUGGAUUUUUUGCUAGAUCUGUCGCCAAAAUCAUUCAAUAGACUAAACAUUAGUUGCAUCGCAUUGUUGCGUUAGCAAUGAGGGUAUCAUGGCCCGACUUGCUACAGUAGAUACAUGAAUGCGACCGAAUUAGCUACUAUGAGAUAAUAUUGAAUUUUUAUAAGAUAGUCGUUUCGUCAUUUAGCUCUUCGGCGGUAGAAUUCUUAUAGGAAUCGCUUUUGUUUUAGCGCCACGUUGGAUACUCAAUUUGUUACUUUAUCUCAAUCGCUGUAUGAUUUCUGUCUUAUCUGAAGAACAGACGGUGCUAAAAUUGUGAUUGACAGCUCUCUAGCACUAUUAUAAUCUUUUGCUAAAUAGAUGAAGUAUUUGUUCACAUUCUUCAAUUUUCAUUUCAUAUUCUAAGUAACUUCUAUGAUAUCCUUCAGCCUAUAACCCUUCAAAUUAAAUAAUACCUCUAUU